AUGCGGGGAAAAGCGACUUUACCUCAGGAGGGGAGCAGUCUCCGGCGGGGAGGGGACGGCGCUGGCGGGGGGCCGGGCUCCUCUCUCCCCCAUGGGAGCCGGCUUCACAAGGGAGGAGGGUCACGAGGACCGCUUAAGUGGCGAAAGAGCAGGGAGGGGCGGUGUCGAGCCUGGCUCCUGAGGAGGAGGAGGACGACGACGACGACGACGGGGAGGAGAAGGAGGUGUCGCCGGCGGUGUGCGCAGCUCCCAGAGGUCCUGCCUUUCCUCCCGCUGCCGAGGCUCUGGGGCGGCUGGUGUUGCGGCGGCUGCUUCUGCUGCUGCUUCUCCUCCGCCUUGGCUCCUCCCGGCGUUGUUCUUUGCCCCUCAUGUAAAACAAUCGUUUUGCGGGUAGGAAGAGGGGGGGUCUCUCCUUUCACGUUGCGAGGCUGGCGGGGGGCAGUGGUUCUGUCAAUCUGCCGGUGCGUCGCUCCGGCCCGGCCGCCUCAGCCUCAGCCGCCGCCGCCGUCGUCUCCACAGGACGGAGCCUCCGAUCGAAAUGACAACCAGCUGGAGAGAGGCAGCGCGGCACUUCCGGUUCAGCUAAGCCACGCCUCCUCCCCUCUCUCUCCUUGCUCGGACAAAAGCCACGCCCCCUUCUCCCCUCCCUCCGCCGCUAGACGAGAGGCCGCAGGGAAGACGUUGAUCAUCUACCGGGAGAUUACAGGACCUCUUCCUCCCCUCACGCGCACACAGGCGAUCGCGAGGAUUCUGUGCAGCCCCGCCUCCCCUCCUUCUGGACUGGAUGGGGACUGGUGCAAAAGGAGCCCACUCAGCGCUUCUCCCCUCCCUGCCCAGGGCUUGCGCUCUGCCCAUCAUUUCCGAGGCACCCGCCCACAACCGUGUCAGUGCUCCGAUUGGACGGCAGGCUCCAGCAGUUCCCGCCUGCGCCUCGCGUAAGCACGCGGGCGGGAGCUGCUCGGAAGAUUGAUCGUCGAGGGGCAGGGCGGCAGCGGUUGGGGGGGGCGGCCGGGCGGGGGGAGGCGGCAGUGGCAGUUGUUGUGGAGGUGGUGCUCUUAGUUGACCGGCGAGUCGGGGUCUCGGCGUGUGUCCUGAAGAGAAAACCCGGAAGCCAGCGGCUUGGAAUGCGUGGCGGGCUGAUGCCAAGGAGAGAAGCCUGUUUCACAAGUUAAGAAGAAAGAAAAGAACGAGCAAGGAGAGACAUCCUUCAAAGUGGUGGAGCAAAAUAUCCAGUAUUUAGAAACCAAAGAUGUUGAUGUUGAUGAAGAAGAUGAAGGAGAAGAAAGAGAAGGAGAGGAAAGAAAAGGAGGAGAAGGAAAAAAAGGAAAAGGCGAAGAGGGAGAAAGAGAAGAAAGAAAAAGAGAGGGCUGCAAAUCAACUUUUAAAAGAUUGAGCCAUAACCAGUAAUCUCUAAAGACUUUUCUCAGUCCAUCCCAAAGUGCCUGCAAGUAUAGAUGCUUAUUACAGAUAUGCCAGGAAGAUUAGUAAACCAGAGUGCUAUUAUGCAAAGUGAAUUUGCAAAAGCUAAAGCAAAUCACUGUACCUUGGUGCUGUGCCAGAUGUAUUUUUGCUACACUGUAUAUAUCCAUAUCCCUCCUCCAGCCAUUCUACCCGUCUUGCUUUGCUUUUCUAUCACAACAUCUAUUAGUAGCAGUAUCACUAAAUUUCUCAAGACUACUCAGCAAAUAUUCUGUUCAUCAUUCUGCAAGAAAAAAGCUCAUAAAUUAGGCUUAUAAUGCAGUUUUUCAUAGUUUUGCAAAAUUUUGAGAUCCAGUAUUUGAUUGUGUGUUGUUGUUUUUUAAUGAGACAUCCCACAACAUUUCUUUGCAAAGUGGUAGAAAAGUUGGAUUAUGUGCCUGGGAAAAUUGCAGGGUCCAUUAUAAAUUCUGUUCAGUAGUUUGGUAUUCACUGAAGAUUGUUAACACCUUUUUUUCUAUUUAUAUUCUUCCCUCCCUCUGAAACAAGACUCUGUGGCCAAAUUCACACAUGAAUUUUUUAUUUAGAUAUUACUCCACACAGAAAAUUGUAUGCAUCUUCUAUGUUUCCUGUCAUACCUAAGAGUUGCAGGCUGACAUAUGGUCAUAUUAGGACACUCCUUUAUGUAGCAUAUGAAGUGGUGGUUAUGUGCCAUCUAGUCAAAGCUGGCGUAGUGACCCCAAUAGGGCUUUCAAGGUAGAUGAGGUAUUUAAGGAGUGAUUCUACCAGUUCCACACUUCCAGUGAGUCUCCAUGGCUGAACAUGGAUCAGAACCUAGUUCUCCCGAGUCCUUAGUCCAUCAUUCUAUCCACUACACCA